UCCCUAAAACUAUAUAUAUAUAUAUAUAUAUAUAUAUAUACACAUACACACACACACAUAUACGGAACUGUGUAUAGAUACAAUCCAAGUAUGGCGUCGCAGCAACUUCUCGAAUCCCCUGUAAAAAAAUUAAAAGAGACUAAAUCAAAAGGGAGUGAAAACUUACUGACAGUUCCUGAAGAAUGGACAGAACCAAAGUUUCAAAGAGAAGACAAUAUUCAUGGUUUGAUCUGUGAAAGUUCUUUUGCUACACUUUUCCCUAAAUAUCGUGAGAAAUAUUUAAAAAGUGCCUGGCCUCUUGUUGAGAAAGUGCUUAAGGAGCAUGGAUUAAAAUGCCAACUCGAUCUGGUUGAGGGUAAAAUGACUGUCCUAACCACCAGAAAGACCUGGGACCCAUUCAUAAUUAUCAAAGCUCGAGACUUAAUUAAAUUACUUUCUCGAAGUGUUCCCUUUCAGCAGGCAGUUCGAGUAUUAGAGGAUGGCAUUUAUUGUGAUAUUAUUAAGAUAGGAACCACUGUUAAUAAGAAAGAACGAUUUAUUAAACGUAGACAGAGACUGAUUGGCCCAAAUGGAUCAACUUUAAAAGCAAUUGAAUUACUCACUAACUGUUAUGUAUUAGUUCAAGGAAACACAGUGUCUGCACUUGGAACAUUUCGAGGAAUCAAAGAGGUACGGAAAAUAGUGCUAGAUACAAUGAAAAAUAUCCAUCCAAUUUAUAAUAUCAAGGCUUUAAUGAUCAAGAGAGAAUUGGCCAAAGAUGAGGCACUGAAAAAUGAAGAUUGGAGUCGCUUCUUACCACAGAUUAGAAAGAAACGGAUCUCUAAGAAGAAAGCAACGGUCAAAAAAGUCAAGAAAGAAUAUACACCCUUCCCACCUCCAAGACCAGAGAGCAAGAUUGACCAACAGUUAGCUUCAGGAGAAUAUUUCUUCAAAGAGUCUGAGAGAAAAUCCCAGCAGAAGAUAAAAAUACAAGCUAAAACACAAAAAUCUAUCCUGAAACAAAAGGAGAAAAGAAAGCAAGCUUAUUUGGUUCCAAAAGAAGUGGCUCAAAGAUCCAGUAAGGUUAAUAGUAGUUCAGAUGUCAAUGUUGAAGCUUUGAAAGCAAAAGUGAAAAAAAUUCAAAAAAAGAAAACUUAAAUCAGCAACAUUUCUCAAGUCCUAUAAAACCUGUCUGGUGGUGUGAUCUUCUUACUAGAGUACCUGAGCUAUCAAUAAUGACAGGGGGUGUUCUGCUAAACUUUAUAACUACAUUUUAGUUUGUAUGUAUGAAUACUUGAUUUUACCAAUUGGAGCUAUUAUUGAAAAAUGUACAUGAUGAAUGCUGCUAAUGAGAGUAUGAGGAUGUAAAUAAAUGUACCAAGUAACAGGAAAAUAAGAAAAUUAAAAUCAUUCCCCAAAUUU